AGUCUAUCGAACGCGUAGCAUCAACACGGGUACCGGCAUGUGUAUGACGUCACUAUCCAUUGCAGACCUGCUUCGUGGGUGUACCGUCUUACCGUUCGUGAUCGAGUCAUCGGUCCAGCUCGGGGUUUGGAACCUCGGACCUGACAUGUGCGCUAUGGUCGGGUUUCUUAACUCACUCUUUGGAAGUGCCAGUGUCAUGACACUGGCUGCUGUCUCUCUUGAUAGAUAUGUUGCUAUAAUGAAGCCGCUCAAAUAUUCGAGGAUCGUCACUUCGUUGCGUGCCGGCAUCAUGCUUGCUAUCAUCUGGGCUCUGUCAGCGACGAUGGCCGCCCUGCCAUUGGUUGGAUGGUCCGAGUACCGGUUCAUCCCAUGGAUAUGCCUCUGCGUCGCGGACUGGACCGAGAACUGGUCCUAUGCUUACACGUACCUGGUCCUGACCCUAUUUACACCACUGUGCAUCUUGCUCUACUGCUAUUACAAUAUAUUUCGCAUAGCAAAGCUCCAAUCCCGAAGAGUGGUCUCGAUGGAGAGGACAUCUGUUCAGACCUCGCGAACAGUCUACAUCGGGAAGCCCAAAACACGGAUGCGAAGAGAAAAGAAAGCCGUCAUGAUUCUUUGCGCUGUUCUUGGUGUCUUCAUCCUAUGCGUGAUGCCAUUUUAUGUUGUGUAUCUUCUGUCAUCAUUCGACGUAUCUAAUAGUAUCUAUGUUGCCUUAGGAAUCACAUCCCUCCUAUCUUUCAUCAACUCCGCCGUCAACCCUUUAAUUUAUGGCAUACUUAAUCGAAAAUUCCGUCGAGUGUUUGUCGAGGUCUUAACGAACAACCCAUGCAAACGGCGUAAUUCAGUCCAACCGUCUCCCAAAUCUCAUCAUCCAGUUGAUUUUAUCUCAGAAUAUGUCGGCAGGAGCGCUUCACUUCCACCCAAGAAGCUUCAAAAACUCGUACCACGAGAGUGUUACUACAUCAAAACUACAUCAUGCAUGCAGAAGGGAUGUGCAUCGCAUAAAAACGCAUGCAUUAAGAACACAAAUUCCCUCUGA